ACAACUAAACUUGGUAACAAAAUUUCUGUCCCUAAUGAUAUGCCUUUUGUUCAUGUACAAGUUCCCCAAUUAGGAAAUCCUAAUGAGAAAUUUAGUAAUAACGCACUAGUUGAUAUUCUGGAAGAUCAGAAACCACUAAAUUAUCACCACCCUGGUACUAAUUAUAAUCCCAAGAGUUCCCUGAUGGGGCCUUGCCCGGAUGGAUUUGCUCCUUUCAGUGUUGUUCAGAAUGGUUGUAGAAAUCAAUAUCCACCACAGCCUUUAGGGCUAAACAAUCUCCCUAAUCAACCUCCUAGUGCUGUCCAAAAGGGUAGUGGAGUCACCAGAUUUGAUCCUACUAGCAUGAAUCCAAAGCCUGCAUUAUUGAGUCAGUCACAAAAUGGACAUAUACAGCAUAGGAAGCUUUCGUUUUCUUCACCAGUGAACUCGAUUAACAUUCCUAGUAGUGUCAUAUGGGGGACGUCGGGGUGUCCAAAACCUUCUCAUUGUGUCCAAAGCCUCAUAGGUUUUGUGUUUCUAACAUUGAACUUCUUGAAAAUUGAAAAGAUAAUGCCGACUGAAGGUAAUAUAAUUGAUUGCAUUCGAUAUGGGGAUCCAAAGCAUCGGAGUAUUGACAUUAAAAAAGCCUUGGAAAUUGCGGUUGAUCAGCAGAUGGUAGUGAAGCAAAAAUUUGGAGCUAUGAACUUGUAUGUUGGUAAGAAUGAGAAACUCUGGAAAUGUGUGAACCCUAUUGCUGGUAAUCCUAUGCAAAUACCGGAAAUGACAUGGGAAAAAAUUAAAAAGUUUCCGGUGUCUCCUGGAGGACAAUCUACAAUAAUGGCUUCUCAAUGCAGGUAUGAAGCCGGUACUAUUUUGAAGAAUAUGUGCUUGACAGAGCUUACAUUAGGUGACAUACUCCAGAUCUUGAACAUGGUAAUUACCAUAAAGAAAUGGAUUAUUCAUAAUCAAGCAGGAUGGCAGCCGAUUAUCUUCGCUGUUGCAAAGUGCAGCCAUGAAUUAGGCACUAAAUCUGGUUUAUAAAGUUUUGACUAGCUAUCCAUGGUAAGGGAAAGUGGCCACUUGAUAGUUUGAAGGGUAUUAAGUGUAUAUAGAUAGAUGAUUUGUUGCAAUAAGGUUACUAAAAAGUCUCCUCAUGCCAAGACUCAUUCUGUAGAUUUACUAGUGAUGAAAGUUCUUACACAUAAUGGAUACCAUCUAGAUUUUCGAUUAGAGAUGAAGUUUCAAUUGAAAAUUUGCUUGAUGUGUCAAAGAGUAUACAAUGCCAGGCUCUGAGGUACAAGAAAUUGAUCAUCUGUUGCAUCUUCUGGAUUCUAUCGACACUUGCAAGGAUGAUCUUGCUGUUUCCAAAUUUGGAUGGAAUAUUUCUGCAGAAAAAUUUCCUACCUCUCAUAUAGUUCGUGGUGCCAUGAGAACUCUAAAUGCAAGGCGUGAUUUAAAAGUGGCAUCGAAGAAGCAAGAGUUUGGUUAGUUUGCACAGAAGCAGAUGACACAAAUUACAGAAAUUUAUGAAAAAAACAUCCAAAUGCAAUUAGAUAAACAUAGAAAAUGUUCUGGUGGAAGCUACUCAUUCUCCUAUGAUCACAUCAUUUUAAGAAGAUAUUAAGAUGAGCCACGCGAAGGUUGCACAAUGCCGUAAAGUUCUUCCUAAUAGAAUUCCCGGGCAUGUGUUGAAUCAACAAGUCUUUGUUCUUCUUAUUGUCGGGUAUUCUCAGAAUAACUGGAUUUGUAAAUUCAUCCCUCUGCAGCAUCAGUUUAGGUGUUUGCCACUGUAUUUGCUAUUCUUCUUUGAAAGCUGUAUGGUUCUCAGAGCUUUUGAAACCAUUAGUCCUUUGGUUAUAAUCCUUAUAUUUAAGUCUCCUGUAUGCAAACUUUGGUAGAAAAAUCAAGUGUUUCUUAUUUUUGCCCCCA